AUGGGUACAACAGUCUUUACUAAUGGAUGUAUCCUCUGUUCUGGCUCAUCGGGUCGCUUUGUCUCCACGCUGGUAGUCGAGGAUGACCAUGUCGCGCACGUCGGCUGGGAGAAUGACGAAGCGGUUGUUGAGGUUCAAGCAACAGCAUUAAAAGUGGAUUUAAAGAAUCGAAUGAUCCUCCCUGGAUUUAUUGAUGGCCAUGUGCACAUCCUCAAUUUCAGCAUGUCGCCACAGAAACUCGACCUCCUUCCUUGCAAGACCCUCGCAGAUAUCCAAAAUGCCAUCACUUCCUAUGCAGGAGCUCACCCAGAGGCUCAACGCAUUUUGUGCCGAGGCUGGGUCCAGUCGGUUACAGAUGGCAAGUCUCUCGCAACAGACUUGGACCACCUAGAUCCGCGACCUAUCUACAUCGAGGCACUGGACCUUCACUCAACGUGGUGCAAUAAUGCCGCUCUCAGAGAGCUUGAAGCUCACUCAAAACCUGAUCCUGCAGGAGGAAAAAUUCAGCGCUGCCACAAUAGAAUCCCGUCUGGUUUGCUCGAGGAGGCGGCGCAGUUUGACAUCGUUUGGCCAUUUUUGAACCGGGCCACGUCCAUGGAGAAGAAACUGGCCGCGAUUGAUGCUGCGAUCGAGGGUGAGUGGACGGCAUUGAAUACAUACAGAACCGAGCGUGGGAGUCUUCCGAUGCAUGUGGCAGCACACUGGUUGGUGCCCUACUCAAAAUGCGAUGCCGAUAUCUGCAGUCAAAUCGAUCGCGCCAUUACACUUUACCAAAGCUUCGACCGCAAAACCUCCCCGGAGUUUUGCAUCAAUGGCAUCAAGCUAAUCUGUGACGGAACCGUGGAUGGGUGUACAGCAGGACUACACCAACCGUAUGGCGGAUUUUGCAACAUUGUCGACCCCAUAUGGCCUGCCGAUGCCCUUGCAGCAGCGAUUCGCCGUGCGACUGAUGCCGGUCUGCAAUGCGCCAUCCACGCAAUUGGGGAUCGAACAGUACAGCAGGUUAUUGAUUGUUUAUCCCUCAUUCAGGACCUGCCAGCAUGUCGUCAUCGCAUUGAACAUUUAGAGAUAACAACCCCCGAAGACGCAAAAAGGCUUGGUCAACUCGGAAUCGUGGCCUCGGUUCAGCCUGUUCAUCUAGACCCGGCGACAUUCGACGGAUGGCCAGAGAUGCUUGGAAUUCAUCGUUGUAAGCGAGCCUUUGCUUACCAAGAGUUUGUGGAUGGUGGUGCUCAUUUGACCUUUGGGACCGAUGCCCCCACUGCGGAACAUCAUGCACUGCCCAAUCUUUAUAUCGCUACUACUCGGCGGUCGUCUAUCGACCCUUCCUCGCAAGAUACCGUCAAUCCCGAAUUUGCUGUUUCCCUCGCAACCGCCAUCUCAGCAGCUACUGCAGAGGCUACAUACGCGUCUUUUUCGGACUCCUGGACAGGGAGUCUGCAUCCGGGAUACAACGCUGAUUUUAUUGUGCUUGAUAUGGCCUGGGCCGAGGAAUCCCUUUUAGAAGCUCGGGUGUGCCAAACCUGGUAUAAGGGAAAGAAGGUGUUUGAUGAAGACGCGGAUGGCUUGUGA